AUGGAUUCAGAUAGAGAUGUGCCAAUGGAAGAUGCCGAGAUCUCGUUAGAUGAUUUUGACUCGAUGGAUUUUUCCAUGCCCAAUAAACGAACUAUCAAAAGUGGUAAAACUUCAACGACCAACAACAACACCAACAACACCAACAGCAGCAGCAGCAGCAACAGCAACAACAACAACAACACCAACAAUACCAACACGAAGCAAACACAACCGUCACUAGACACACAAUCUAUAAACCAAUUGGACCAAUGGAUUGAGAAAUUGUCCAAAUGCGAGCCACUCUCAGAGCAGGAUGUAAAGAAGUUAUGUGAAAUGGCUAUCGAAGUAUUACAAUUGGAAGAAAACGUCCAGCCGGUUUCUGUGCCAGUUACAAUAUGCGGUGAUGUUCAUGGACAGUUUCACGACUUGAUGGAAUUGUUCAAGAUUGGUGGUCGGUGUCCUGAUACAAACUAUUUAUUCAUGGGCGAUUAUGUUGAUCGUGGAUACUAUUCAGUCGAAACUGUUUCGUAUUUGGUUUGUAUGAAGGUGAGAUUUCCCAACAGAAUCACCAUUUUAAGAGGUAACCACGAAUCAAGACAAAUAACUCAAGUUUACGGUUUUUAUGACGAAUGUUUAAGAAAGUACGGAUCUGCUACUGUAUGGAAAGUUUUCACUGAUUUAUUCGAUUAUUUCCCCAUAACUGCCUUGGUGGAUAACAAGGUUUUUUGUCUUCAUGGGGGCUUGUCGCCUAUGAUUGAAACUAUUGACCAAGUUAGAGAAUUGAACAGAAUUCAAGAAGUGCCACAUGAAGGACCCAUGUGCGAUUUGUUAUGGUCCGAUCCAGACGAUAGAGGAGGGUGGGGUAUAUCGCCAAGAGGUGCAGGAUUCACGUUUGGUCAAGAUAUAUCUGAGCAGUUCAACCAUACAAAUAAUUUAAGUUUAAUUGCAAGAGCUCAUCAGUUGGUUAUGGAAGGAUUUAGUUGGAGCCACCAGGAAAAUGUUGUUACCAUAUUUUCAGCACCAAAUUAUUGUUAUCGAUGUGGUAAUCAAGCGGCUAUUAUGGAGGUUGACGAACAACAUAAUAGACAAUUCUUACAAUACGAUCCGCUGGUUAGACCAGGUGAACCAACCGUUACUAGAAAAACUCCCGAUUACUUUCUAUAA